AUGCAGGCCAGUAAUGAUACCAGACCCUCUCCGGAAGCCCUCAUCUCGAAGUUCGAGGUCACCCGACUCCUCAAACAAGACCAAAAUAGCCGUCGUAUCGUCCUCCUCGGUACUAUAGGCUCCCAGCAGGCCAUACUAACGGCCGAACGCACUGCCUUCGCAACCGAAUCCCUCGCCGCCCUCCAAGCUUUCCAGUCUGCUAUUACCCGCGUGAACAACCUCGGAGACAACGACAUCUACCGAUGGUACCUUGCCUCAUCAGGCAUCGACACAGAUGGCCAUCCAUCCCAUGACCUAAAACUCAACCUCAUCUGGCCCUGCACGGAACAGCACAUCAAGAAGUACUCUGACCAGACGGUGCGCAUGGUCACCGAGACGCCAGCAAUCUAUCGGGACUACGUGCGGCCGUACAUGCAAGCGAAGCGCGAGGAAGGAAGACUGAAUUGGGUGUUUAAUAUACUCGAGGGGCGGACGGAGCAGGAGGAUGUGAUACUGAGGGAUGAGGGCGAGAACGGGGCGGGCAAGGAGGACGCGUUCCUCAUGCUUCCCGAUCUGAAUUGGGAUCGGAAGACGUUGGGCUCGUUGCAUCUGCUAGCACUCGUGCAGAGGCGAGAUAUUUGGAGUUUGCGCGACUUGAAAAAGAGGCACGUGCCGUGGUUGAAGUAUCUGAGGAGGAGGGUCCUUGAGGGGACCGUUAAGAUGUAUCCGGAUCUAGAGAUCGAUCAGUUGAAACUUUACGUGCACUAUCAACCGACCUACUACCACUUCCAUAUCCACAUUGUGAAUGUAAUGCUUGAGGCUGGCGCUACGCAGGCUACGGGCAAGGCAUUUGGCUUGGAGAAUCUCAUUUCGCAGUUAGAGACUAUCUCUGGAGACGAAGAUGCAAGUAUGGCGGAUGUUGAUUUGACCUACUACCUUGGCGAGGCGAGCGAGCUCUGGACGGGAAUAUUUGGUCCUUUGAAGAAGGGGAAGAAGCCGGCUAUAGAGAAAUAG